ACACACACCCAUUCACAUCCUCUCACUGUCCCUGAAACCUCAGGGGGGAUAAGUUGUGUUUGCAGUUAUAAAAGGACUGCCUCCAAUUUAGGGGGUAGACAGAAGGUUGUGGAUAUGGUAGAAGCUUUUGUUUUGGUAAUCUGUGAAAACAAGUGGAAUAUAUUUUCUAAAAGUCACUUUGCAGUAUUUGAAUCUGGAUCCUUUGGCUGAACCCACUGAAAUUCUGUCUGCAUGGUUCGGACUGCAUUGAUUGGACAAUGUGCCGGGUUCUGAACAUCUUAUUGGCUCUUCUGAGUCGCUUCCUGUUCGCGGUGCAUGGCGUCCUGACGGUGUGGCGGGUGGUGGAGGUGACAGGAGAGUCCUCCUAUUGGCUGCUGCUGACGGGGGUGGCACUGCUCGGGGUCGAGAUGGCAAUCACAAUCAAAUACACACGCAAAGCAGAAUGGAAAUGGUUCUCACCUAUGGUGUUUCUCUAUCUGUGCACUGUGAUUCCAUCAGUCUGGUUCCUGGAGCUGAACCUCCUACAGUCCAAUCUGCCCAUCAACUCGAGCACAAACUCUGACCCACAAUUCUUCUCACAGAUCCCAAUAACAAUGGGGUUGGCAGAACUUGAUCCUGAGAACUGGGUGGAAGCUUUGGAGCAGACCAUGUUGAUAGUGUUGGUUCUGGGCCGCUGGCUGAUGCCGAAGGGCGACAUGUCACGUGACCAGCUAUCUCAGCUCCUCAUGGUUUACGUGGGGCUUGGAGCUGAUAUCCUGGACAUCUUUGACACUUUUAAGGAGCCACAAGUGAAAACCAAGCAGGCCGUGAUCAUUGUUGGGCUAAGUUUGUUCUCCUGGGCCUUGAUGCAGUUUCCUCUUGUUCUUACCCAGACCAGCCACCCCAAGGUCCAGGAGGAAGAUCAUCCAGAGGCUGCCCAGCAUGGCCGAGCUGGCUGGACCGUUUCCUGCUGCUCGAGUGAAGUCUGGAGCCUUCUGCUAACGGUGGGUCUGCAGGAUGGACCUUUCCUAAUUUACCGUCUGUACCUCAUGAUACGUGAGAAUGUUCUGAACCAGCUGAUGAUCUUCUUCACAUGCAAGAACAUCCUCAUUGUUUUGCUGGAGGUCUACAGGAUUUGUGUUGUCCACUUUGAGAAGAGCAUUCCGGGGAGCGGAAGUCAGUCAUGUGACCCGUCUCAUGGACACUCAGAAUGGACUGACGGAGAGGCUAUAGAAACCAGCUGA